AAAAAAAAAAAAUCCACAAGCGAUUCACCGGUCAAACGGCGUUUCUGCAGAAGCUCCGAGCGCUUUUUGACGAGUGAAAGAGCGAAACCGCAAAAAAGGGCGUGUGCAGAGGAAGUGAAACAUCGCGCCUCUCGCAGACUUGGGGAUCUCCACCGUUUCCCGACGAGCUCCACCAUUUCCCGACCCCUAUCAGCUUUGCGCUCCCCGUUAAUGGCGACGGAGAACCCUCGCCUCGGCGAUCCCUCCGCGGCGGCGCUGGACGGCGCCGGCGUGUCAGGGGCGGCGGCGGUGUGCGCGUGCGCCGCCAUGGCGUUCUUCUACGUGGCGAUCCUCUACUCCCCAACCCUGAUCCUCCGCCUCCCUCCCCCGACCUCCGUCGAGAGCUUCUUCCUCCGGCGCUUCGGCUGCGCCGCCAUCUCCUCCGCCGCCUCCGUCGCCGCCUCCGCCGCUCUCCUCGGAGUGUGGAGAUCGGGGGACUUGUCAUUGAUUUUGGGCGUUUUCGGUAUCAGGAGGCAUCAGUUGAGUGUGCAGUGGGAAGCUGUGGUGAUUCCUCUCUUCUUGACAUCGCUUGUGUAUGCUGGUACUCUGGUAUCCAAGUUAUGGUUGCUGAUGAAUUCACAGAUAGAAGAUUGUACAGAGGAUUUUUGCUGUCAGCCAACAUCAUUUAUGCAGAUUGGUAUUUGGGCGCAGCACUUCGUGGAUAGGAUGUCGGCAUAUAUCCACGAUGUUCUGGCGUGGAGAACCUAUGUGGUGGCACCCUUGACCGAGGAGUUGGUUUUUAGGGCGUGUAUGAUACCUCUGCUUCUUUGUGGGGGAUUCAAAACUUACCACAUCAUUUUUCUCAGCCCAGUCUUCUUCAGCUUAGCUCAUUUGAAUCAUUUUCUGGAGCUUUAUUGUCAAAGGGGAUACAGCUUUCUGAAAGCUCUCUUGAUUGUAGGUGUCCAACUAGGUUAUACUGUGAUUUUUGGGUGGUAUGCAGCAUUUCUGUUCAUUCGAACAGGGAAUCUAUUAUCUCCUAUUGUGGCUCAUAUAUUUUGUAACGUGAUGGGUUUGCCUGUCUUGUCUUCUUCACGGACACUAGCAUCAAAACUCUCUAAAACAUUAAGAAAAAACUUGUUUACAGACCAAGUAUGUGGAUUUGGUGAGUUCUAAUGGUACGAGAGUUUUGAUAUUAAUGAUUGGAAGAGUAGAGAUUGAGGAAGACAUGUUGCCACCAAAAGAGAAGAAGAAUACAUCACAAGUUACCAAUAGAUGAACGCAAUAUCACCAGAGUCAAAUAGGACCAAGGUGAAUUGAGCGGCUGAAGAAUAACCGACCAGCACCAAGAAAGCAGCAAGAAGAUGAGCGACGCCAAGGAACUAGCAGGGAGGUCAAGUGGCCCAAGAGGAACCAAGCAGCACCAGAUCACUAAGGAAAUCAAGCGGCAACAAGUAACCAGCAGCAGAGAUCCAGCUGCACCAAGAAAUCACUCAAGCAGCACCAGGGAAGCAGCGGGGAGAUCGUGCAGCACAGGAGAAGAAAAGAAGAAUUAAUAAUGGCUAUGGGAGAAGGCGAGUUUUUUUUCAGUGGUUGGUGGCAGUGGAUCAAUAUUCCCUGUUAGGGUUGGUGUCUUUAACACAAUGAAAGAAGGGCAGAAGAGCUUAUUCCCUUAGGGUUUCGUUGAUGUGUAUAUAUGAUUACAAGAGAUGUAUAUAUGGCAACCAUCGUUACCGUAUAACCAUAUAUUAUUACCAUAUAACCCUAUAGUAUAUUUGGAAUAUACUAUAUAGGUUUUACUAUACAUGUAAUGUAAUAUAUACAUGCUAAAUAUAUCCUAAUAUGCUAAAUAUAUCCUAAUAGCCGUGUAACUCAGGAAGUUUAACAGAGUUCUGGUAACUCCUUGUCGACAUAGUACCUUAUAUUUUUAUUCAAAAACGCCUAAGAUGCUUAAAAUAUUGUGUCAUAUAUUUAUCUAAGAGAUUGUGAAAUUAAGCUUAGGUGGUGUGUGAUUUCAUGAAGAACUACUGAAAACAAUUCCCAGAGAAAAAGUAAUUUUCCAGAAUAGAAUAUUUAUGUUUUUUGGAUUUUGGUUUAGCGUGUGGUAACUAUAGUUAGAACAGUUAUAAGGGAAUGUGUGCUUGGUUUCGAGGAGUCGAAGAGAGAGAGAGAGAGAGUGCAAGGAGAAAGCUCUUUUUAGUUUCAACCUGUGUUUUCUGCAGAACAAUUCAGAAAAUGAAAAAUGGGUGUUUUCUCAAUGAUAAAGCUCCUUUGAGGAGGAAAAUGUUUUUGGGCCUCUUUUAUGUGGAACCUGCAUUCCCUUUGAAAAAACUGUCAAUGCUGGAAAUGUAAUUCCUACAGA